CGUCAUCGUCUAUACAGAUACAGACCGUUCAGUCACCGUUGCGUGCUCGAUGUGUAUAGUGAUCACCGCGUAGAUCUACUGCCGUAACGGACUAGUCGCACGUGGACUUGUAUAUUAUAGUGAUUGCUCGCUGCCGGUUUAUUAUUAUUAUCAUUAUACAAUAUAUUUAUUUAUUUUUUGUUUUUAAUACUUCCGACAUCGAUUGCAUAGCACAGGUCAUCGGCUUCAUCGCAGAUUACCACAUGUGCUACGAAUUACUUACAGCAGUAUUUGAAGUGUAAUGGGUGCGUGUGUCUUCAGAGAUGCACAAAUGGCUGCAAUUGCCGGCCAAUCCUACAGACGAUCCGCUGGCCACUGUUUAUCCAAUCAAUCACUACAAGAAGUCCCAUGUCUACGCUGUUACUAGAAUAAAUCCUAUUUACGUGGACGACGAGAUCGUGCACCACGACAACAAUGAGACGUGGAAGAAUAAGAGCGGCAGUUCCGGGUACGACAGCCAACCGCACUCGGACCACUCGAGCUUGGACAAGGGUUCGCCGCCGGCCACCAAGUGUCUGAGGAACGGGACGACGCCACCGUCGUCGGACGGAUCGUCGGGCAGUCCGGUGCAGCGGACGGCGCCAUGGCUGCUGUCGCCCAUCAAGGAGGGCGUCAUCGACGUGCAUCAGUACUGCAUACCGCGGCCGGUGUGGCCGGGUCACGGCGACGGCGGUGCGCACCACAGAUACCCCGCGGACCUGGAACGCAUACCACGGGUCAAGAGCUGCAGGCACUGCGCCCGUUGCCGGUGCCGCAGCAACAGCACCAGCAGCAGCAGCACCAGUAGCACCAACAGCGGCGGUGGCAAAAUCGCGGGCGGCGGCUGCAGCAGUGGCAGCUUUUCCGGGUACUCGUCCGCGUUCGGCGGCGGCACGAUCAGCACGGGCAGCACGAGCACCACUUCCAGUGGCGGCGGUGGCGACGCGGGAAUGUGCUUGGACGACGUCAACCCGUCGCCCGCCGGCAACGGUCCCGUCGUUUCCAAUCAAUCGCCACUGACGUUGGACCCGCGUUUCAGCGACGGCGUUGGCAUCAACAAAGUUCUGGUGGACAACUGGAAUUCCGUCGAUCUGAGGCUCAAUCAAAAGACUGAUAACCUACACUACGAAUGCGGCGCUAUGUUACGCGGACUCCAAUUCACUUUGGAUGCGCAACAAGCCGAAAAGCUGAUGCAGAAGAUCAAAGUGGGGAAGAAGCACAGAUGCUGGUGUCGCUUCAUCACCGCGUGCUUGGGUCUGAUCAUGUUCCUCGUGUCCGUGGUCACCGUGAGCCUCACGCUUACCAGGGGACAAAAAAUGUUCGGCUCUCUAUGAUGACAUCGCGUUCUAACUCUUGUCUCUCAAAUAACGUAAUAACAAUAAUAAUAUUACUUAUUGAUACACAUAUUGAAUAUUAUUAUUAUUGUUGUUAUUGCAUCGUCAAUUAAUAUAAAAUUAUUAUUAUUUAUUAAUACAUUAUCAUUGUUAAUAAAUUCUCAUAUCGUUUACAUUAAAUCACAUUGUACGAACAUAUAUUGUGACAUUCCACAAACAUAAUGUGAAAAUAGCAUGGUUAUCAGUUGUAAUUUAUAAAUUUUAGUUAUAAUAUUUAUAUCCAUUAAUAUUAUAUAUUAUACAUUAUCAUAUCACAGCAUCUCCUUGUUUAUUCAUAAAUCCAAAAAAUAUAUUUAGUAUUAUAAUUUUAAACAAUAUAUUAUAUCAUCUCCUAUCGCAUAAUACCUUAGUUAUAACGGUUCAUCAGUUAAAAUUAACGAUUACUGAUGUGUUCAUAUUUUAAAUAUUUAUUUUGUCCAGACAUACUAUAAUAUUUAAAUGUAGAACUUGUUUUUAAUUUUGUUAAUUUUCAAAUAAUAUAAAAUUAUACUAUUAAUAUAAUUUGUGAUUACUGAUUAUAAUAAUUUAUAGCCAUAUGGUAUUUUUAAUAUAAUAUGUAUGCUCAUUAAAUACUAGAACUAGAUAUUUAUAAUUUAGGAAUGUUACUAGUACCUAUACAAUUUUUUAAAGAAUUUAUAUUCGAUAAUAUUUGUAUACACUACAUGUUACAUAUUUCUACAAUAAUUACUAGUGUAUUGUUUAUAUUAUACUUAUUGAGAUUAGCUUGUAAAAUAAAUUUAUUUUAAAUUAAUUGUAACAAUAAUAAUUUAUAAUAAAAAACAUAAUAUAAUGAACAUUUAAAUAUAUGUCAAAGUAUAAAAUGUAAUAUUAAAUUUAUUUAUUUUAGAUGAAAUU